UUUACGAGCAGUGUCAUUGUUUUAUAUCUCUGCGUCAAUUUGCAUUAACGUCUGUUUCGCGGUUUAUAUCAUACGCAUACAUACAUAUAUACGCAUACUUAUGCCGCUACCUAUGCAGAAGUGUUGCCGAUACGGUUGCAAUUAUUCUCAUUUCAGAUCGCACUAGGUUUUCGUCUCGAAAAGAAAAAACAAUAUUCGCUUUACACGCAAAAUAAUCUUAAACCGCCAAAGUCUAGUGUCGCAUCGAAAUUCGGAGAUGAGAAAAUAAACAGCUUGUAUACGAAAGUAUUUGUACGAAAGCCGGUACGAAACAUAAGCGAGUGGCCAUUUACCUGUAUGGAAGAUUUUAGUAUUGUUACCAUCAUCGUUCACCGUUCACCCAACAUAGUCCAGCUUAGUGUUAAUUUUUCGCAGAUCAAAAAUCGUGUGUGAUUCCGUCGCACAGAAGCUGCAGUCGAAAGAGUUAGUGCUACCAAGUGGCGACGGAGCGCGUGUCCACCCACAAAAACAACAAACAAGUUGCACACAUGUAUAUAUAUGUACGUAGAAGCAUAUGAACCUGCACAUACAUUUAUAUAUAAGUGGAUAGACAUGUCUAUGGGAGAGUGUGGCGGAAAAUAACAUGUCACCCCUAUCACAUCGCAUGUAACCAAGUGAGCGACGUCGUCGAUUGCCAGCUGCUUAUCCAUUCCCGUCGCUAAUUCAGUCGCGCUAGCUACUUCCACCAGCACAAAAGUCGACUCCACCAACGCCACCUCCAUCGAUACGGCCGCCGCCACAAACAACCUAACCAAUAAACCAAAAUCAAAUUUUCAAAUUGGCAUCAAAGUGUAAAAACCGUUAGAUAAAAUUGAAUUAUCCCAAUGUAUGUGGCCACAGUCACUCGCAGGACAUCGGCGUGUACGGACGCACUCAUACUCGCACUUGCACUCAGGAAGUGCAAAAGCGAAGGGCAUAUGAUUUUAUAGUAUAGUUCUCUCCAACAUUAAAUCAGUGGCCGGUAACUGUUUUAUUAACUCUCUCUCUCGCUCGCUUACAAGUGGUUCUAUGAAGUUUUCUAAUUGGAAUCGAAUUGUCGAAUUGGACAAGGAGGAAACGGUAGAAAUGUAAUAAAAUAUGUAAUAAGAACAACAACAUACCAAUCCCUAAAAUACAAUACAAACCCCUGUGUGCAUAUAUGUAUACACAUGCAUACAUAUAUACGAGUACUAAAUUAUGUACGUAGUGAAAAUAAAAAUAAAAACAAACGAAAAAAAACAAAAAGAAAAACAGAAACAGAAACACAUUUACCAAAGCUGCAAAAAAAUCCACAAAUUAUCGACAUCUCCGGAAUAAAAACUAUUUAAGCAAAACAAAGAUCGCUUGCUAAUUAUUUCUUAAAAAAAACAAGGUGUACAAGGUUCCUAUCGUUAGUAAAAAUAAUGCAUACAAAUAUUGCAUAUACCUGUAAAGUGUAUGUUGAUAGAAUGAAAAUAUAAACGCUAAAGUUGUAUUAAAAGCUGCAUGAGAUAAGAAAUGUUUUAAGUAAAUUUGUAUGUAUAUUUCUAUUUGCAAAAUGUAAAAAGUGUUGAUACGUGAUUUUGAAAUUCGAAUAAGUAAACCAAAUGUGGGAACUAAACGCGACACAUACGGACGCGAAUAUUAGAACAAGAAAUAAUUAAAAUAAACAAAAUUUGUGAGCAAAUAUAGAGACUGAUUCCUGAAAUGCUAUUUACAUAUCACUUUGUGUAAAUGUGAAUUACAUUAAUUUGGAACGAAAACUCUCGACGCAAUUAGCAAAUAGGAGCCGUGGACAAAGUGUAUAUUAAUGUGGAUAAACCCUGCGAUAGGCUUCAACAGAUCCUAUUAAUCGCCAACUCAGGAAAGAUGAGAAUUAAAAUGCCCGCCGUCAGAAUUGCACAAGACUCAGAUGCCAUGGAAACAGAUCCUUCGGCGCAGGAUAUGCUUACGUGUGGAUCCUGCCAAAAAACAUUUGCUCUUUCGGAUAUAGUUAGAUUUAUACAACACAAAGUGCUACAAUGUAACAAAGAGAACUACGGCCAAUGUUCAACUCAAGCUCCGACAACCGAUAGAGAUGCGGACGAUGGUCGACCUUUAAGCCUAGUGAACAGAAGGCCUUCAAUAUCAGCUCCAAUCAUUAAUCGUAAAGCGUCUGGGUCCGGCUCACGCAUCCAUACACCUCCACCAAGCCCCGCGGAUCUUUUAGCUGAUGGUGCGUCUAGCACCCCCAAGCGCUUAGUCGAUGAAAACGACAACACAACACCCAGGAAUGAAGGAGUAGCCGAGAAAAAUACAUCUUCGGAAUGCGCCAGCACUAAUUUAACUGAGGCUUUUGUUACAAGUGAUUCAGAAAAGGUAAACACUAUAAGGAUAAAGCAGGAACAAGAGCAUGUCAAUGACGAAGCGAGCAUAAAUAUCGCGUUACAUGCACACGAUUCCAGCCAGGACAAUAACGAUGGUCAACCGAUGUCAAAACGUCCUAAAAUUGAAAUGGCUGACGCGGAAUCUAACACAUUGCACACAGAGCCCAGCUAUUACACAUGUUCUACAUGCAAGACUCGCUACACAUCUGCCUGGCGUUUAAUUCAACAUGUGCAGCAUUCGCACGGCGUUAAAAUAUACGUAGAGUUCCCCUCUUCUUCUUCCUCACAUUCCAGCAGCUCAAUUUCGGAUCCUGCCUCAUCGAAUUCACUAUUAUUAACGCAUCCACACUCAACAUCAAUGCCCGUAGUUGUAUCAGCACCGACAAUAACCUCAGAGGUAUCAACGACGCAGCCUUUGUCGACUUUACCCUCCGCAUCGUCUUUGUAUCCGCCCAUCAGUCAUCAAUCACAAAAAUCUGAUAACUCGAGUACAAACUGCAGCAUUAGUAGCAGUGGUAGCGGUAGUGGCAAUGCCUCAGCCAACUUACCAGCGCCGAUUUGUAGUGGUCACUCAAAUGCUGUCCAGCAACAACAAAUCCAACAACAACUUCAACAACACCGAGUAGCCGUUGCUGCGGCUGCAGCAGUUGAGCAGCAUAAGCAACAACAGCAAAGCAAUCUAACAACAGCAAUGCAAAAUGCGCAAAACUUAGCGGUAGCUGCGGCUGCGGGUAUUCGUCAUCAUAGCCUGUUGCCACCACCAGACAUGCAUGCAAAUCCGUUUAAUCUGCUGCGAAUGCCUUUACCACCGUCACUGGCACAAAGUCCUGUAGUUCCUACUGUCUCACCCCUGUUUUCACGGCCCCACCCCGAUCAUUAUAGAAUGGAGCAACUGGUAUCGGAGCAAUUUCGACACCACGGCCUCAACUUAGCAGCAGCAGCUGUUGCGGCCGCUAACUCUCUUACCACUCCGCACUCUGGUGCAUCACAAUUCAGUCAGGGUAAUGGCACUCCUUCCAGCGGUUCGAUGGAACCGCGACCGCCCUCUAACAGUAAUACCCACCGAAGCUCUGCGCCACCCACACCUUUGCCACCUCCACCAAUAAGCAUUCCACAACAAAAUACUGCUAAUCAAGGAGGGCCUCAGACUGGUAUGAAUCUUGAACCACAGAUGGAUUUUUACUCGCAGCGAUUGCGUCAGCUUGCAGGAACAACAAGUCCUGGGGCUGGAAAUAUUGUUAACUCGAGCUCGCCGAGUCCAAGACAAAAGCAAUCGCCACAUUUUGCGAGCCCUUCACCAUCCCAACUACCUCCUACACCAGUGACAAACAAUACGCGGCCACAUUCAUUAACUCCUCCACAUAAGAGCGAUUCUGUGAAUCAAGAAAACGAAAAUAUCAACUCCACGCCACGAUCAGCAUCUACGCCACCUUCAAAACCCAGCCAAGAGAAUACCGCAGUAUUCGCAUGCGCUUAUUGUGAGAAGAAAUUUCGAUUUGAAAAUAAUUUGAUUAUUCAUCAAAGGACACACACCGGAGAGAAACCCUACAAAUGCACAGCCUGUGAAUUUGAAUGCUCGCAUAUCAAUAAAUUGAUGAAACAUAUGCGAGUCCAUCGUAGUCCAGAGGAUGGUGCAAGUAAUGCAGGUUCGGUAGAUUCUAACGAUGCCGAAGACUCAGAAGCUGAUGCCGAUGCUGACGCAGAAGCAGAAGGAGAGGCGGAGAUCGAUGGGGAGGAAGAUAACAUGGAUGAAGACGGAAUGGAAGAAGAUGAGGAGGACGAUGCGGAAGAUGGCGAAGAUAUCGAUUACGAAGCCGAAGAUCUAAGUGUUAGUAAUCGGAUAGAUGGAAAGAGCGAAAGCCCAAAAACCACAAGUACCGGCCCUACAUCGUUGGUAGGCGAACUAAUGGAUAAAUUUGGCUUAUCGAAUAUAGCGCAAUACUCCGAAGCCUAUAAACAGGCAUUACAAGAAUCUGGAAAAUUCAAGUAUUUAGCAAAUAAGGAUAGAGACAAUAAUAACUCAAGCAAUUCAGGAAUAUCACAGAUAUCAGAUAAAUUGAACGGUUUCCCAACAGCACUACGUCUACGGGAUGAACUUUCGAAGAAUAUGUUCCAACAGUCAUCUCAACCUGAUGCCUCAAGUCAAGUGCCGCUCUUCAACCCAUUUCAAAAUCCUUUUGAAUUAUCGAAACGUGUUAAAAUGGAUAGCAACGACUGGUGGAAUAUGUCAGCUUUACAUCGAAAUGAUUCACUUUUCGAGAAUCUAAAAAUGAAACCUUUAGGACUGGGUACCGCCAACUCAAUGCUCCACAAUUCAAUGCUAAAGAAGGAUAAUCGUCAACGCAAUGACACAUGUGAAUACUGUGGUAAAGUGUUCAAAAACUGUUCCAACUUAACUGUACAUCGUCGCAGUCACACGGGUGAAAAACCAUACAAGUGCGAAUUGUGUUCCUAUGCCUGUGCGCAAAGUUCCAAAUUGACUCGCCACAUGAAAACCCACGGACGCACUGGCAAGGAUGUCUACCGUUGCCGCUUCUGUGAUAUGCCCUUCAGUGUGCCGUCGACAUUGGAAAAGCACAUGCGCAAAUGUGUUGUCAAUCAAGGCAAAGCAGCGGCUGCAGCAGCAAAUGCCGCAAAUGCAGUAGCCGCCGCACAAGCUGCCGCUGCAGCCCAACAUCUCCAAUCACAAUUGCCAACACAAUUAUCACCUGCAAGCUCACUUUCAUCAUUCCCAUCUCAAUUUGUUGGCAUAACCGGCAGCAAUACUGGCAACAAUAUUUCACUGCCCGGUAGCAUUAGUGGCGAUAACGACGCAAAUCUACCAACAAGCCUGCCAACACACCCCAUCUCAUUGAAAGAAGAGGCAUGA